CUGAAUGGGGAGAAGCAAUGGGUCCAUGGUUCUGCUUUCUCGCCGCUCUGCUUUUGGUGGAGACUCAAAGCUGCCCGGAGAUCUGCAACUGCGUAGCCAAGAAGAAAUACGGCCGCCACAUCGCCGACUGCUCCUACAGAGACCUCCGGGCCGUUCCCCUCGGCCUGCCCUUCAACGCAACUACUCUCACCCUGUCCGUCAACCACAUCUCCUCCCUGCAGGAAGACUCCUUUGCCGAUGUUGUCGACCUGCAGGCCCUGUGGCUGUCGCACAAUGAGAUCAGCGCUGUUGCCCAGGGCGCCUUUGCUUCCCUGGUGCAGCUGAGGGCCAUUGAUCUCAGCCACAACCGGAUUGCCGUCUUCCCCUGGGGGGACCUUGCCAACCUCACUGCCCUGCAGCAGCUGAAGCUCAGCAGCAACCGGCUGGAGAGGGUCCCCGCAGAGGCCUUCCGCACCCUCAAGGACCUGAGAUCCCUCUGGCUGAAUGACAACAGGCUCUCCGUCCUCGCCGGAGCGACCUUCAGCUCCCUGCCCCUCUUGUCCCAGUUGCAGAUCAACCACAACCCCUUCAACUGCUCCUGCAAGGUCUGGGGACUGAAGAGGUGGCUGGAGGAGACUCUAGUGUCCAUCCCAGAGAGGGACUCCAUCACCUGUGCUGCCCCAGACAACCUGAAGGGCUUCAUCCUUGGGAGAGCUUUGAAGAUGGACUGCAUGCUUCCUUCCGUCCAGUUGGCAUACCACUCCAGCUUGGGCAACAGUGUGCUGCACGAUGAGCUUACUCUCCGGUUGCACUGCAGUGCGGUGGGAAGGCCGCCACCGGAGAUCCGGUGGAAAAUCCAGACCUCCACUCGGGAGGUGGUGAUCAAUGGACCAAACGUGGGAGAAGGGGGCAACUGGCUGGCUGCCGGGAGCUUGGAACAGCGCUUCCUGGUCUUCAAGAACGGCUCAAUGGCCAUCCCUGAGUUCAGCAAGGCUGACGAAGGCAUCUACACUUGCCAGGCCUUGAAUGACGUGGGGUCUCGGGAGGCCUCGGUCAAUGUGGCCUUGGCCGGUCCGAAGAAUCCUGCCGGGGACAUCAUCCGGAACAACAUCCAAGCCAGCAAGCCCCAAACUCAACCUUGUGAGAAAGAGGAGUCCCCCAAAUCGGAAGAAAAGUUCGUGGUGAUUUACCUUACACCUGUGGUGCCGAUGACCAGCAAUGAGGGAGCGACCCUGUGGGAGCCACAGGCCUGGGCUGGUGUCCUCCUGCUUUCGCUUCUCACUCUUUAUGGCUGAGACACUUGCAGCCUGGUAUCAUGCGUAGGAAGGUAGUGCUGUAUUAUUGGAGGCGAGGCGGAGAUAUAAUUUAUUGCAUGUAUAUCCCACCAGUUUCUCCCAGGAGCUCAAGGUAGUUAGUUCUCCCCCCUACCCAUUUUAUCGAGAGCCAGUGUGGUGUAGUGGUU